AAGUCACCAACGGAUCCCCCCCUUUCCUUGCUGUGGUGAUGCUCUCGGCUCUCCACUCCCGUUGUCAUUACGCUUCAAAAUCCAAAAGUUUACUUUCUGCAAAAACUUUCGCUCUGCAUUUGAGCAUUUCUGAAGCAAGUUCGACGAAGUACUUUCUAUACAAAUAUCCGCAAAGAACACAAGAGGUUAAAUAAAGGAUUCGACCGCAGCAACUUUCGACCAAGUGUAGCGGCAAGUAGAAUCAAAAUGUUUAGUGUUCAGGGAAAGUCGGUUGGCAGGAAUACAAGAAGUGCUGGAGCUCCUGAAAAUGAAAAUCAUCAAGCAGAACAUCAGAAUGAAGCUGCAAGAAUAGUGAACACAGAAGAACCAAUUCUAAGGCUAGAAAAGCAAAAAACCAGCAAAAAAAGAAAAGCAGAGCCAAAAAAGCCGAAAGAAGAAUCUGAAGAAUCAGAUGAUGAAUGUGAAAUAGAGAGAAGCAACAGGCCGGCUUCCGUAAACCUCAGAACAAGAGUAGGACCAGCCCCUUUCAUGAAGUUGAUUAAACUGUUAGAUGACAACAAAAAAGUAGCAGUUGAAAGGAUUGGGUUUGGGGGAUUACUGCAUUUAAACUUUGACAGAUUCUAUGGAGAUUUGGUUGAGUUUCUGUUGAAGAACUUUAGACCAAUUUCAGGACAGCUACAACUUGCAAAUGGUGAGCUGCUAGAUAUUGAAGAUGAAGAUGUCAAAGCUGUAUUUGGUCUGCCAAAAGGAAAGAUUGAAGUUCAAGAAGCCAAUGCCAAGAAUGAAACUGAAGAGUAUACCCAACUGCUGCAAGAAUGGAGAGAAGAAUGGGGGAUUGAUAAAGGAAGCCCUCAAACAUCAAAAAUGAUUGAAAAAAUAGUUGCAGAUACUGAUACUGGAGACCGAUUCAUCAGAAACUUUGUGGUCUUUACAGUCUCUUGCCUCAUCAGAGGAAACCAGAGUGUGAGGAGCAAUUUUAAAAUAUUGCUGUCUUUGGUGAAUGUAGCUGAUAUACCAAAGAUGAACUGGUGCAACUACACAAGAAGAUCGCUGAUGGAUGCAGGCGAGGAAUGGCAAGCUAAUCAAUCAAAGAUGUUCAGCGGACCAUUACUCUUUCUAAUGAUAUGUUACUUUGACCGAGUACAAUUCAAAGGCCAACUUUUGGAGACUGCUUACCCAACAAUUAGAAUCUGGGACAAGGAGAGAAUUGACAAGAGAGUCAAAGAUGAGAGAAAGGUGGGCUUUGGUCUGGGGAAGGUGACACAGCGAAUAUUAACAGUGGAAGAGGACGAUGAAGAAAAAAAAGGAGGAAAAGAAGAUGAAGAAAAUGAAGAUGAUGAAAUGCUGUCGAAGGAGGAUUGUGUCAAGAAGAUUAUAGCUGUGGCACAAAAGUUCAGUGAUGCUUUUGUUGAAUUUUCAAAGUUGCCAUCCGCAAUUUCAAAAAGAUUUCCAAACUCGGAUAUCUUAAAAAAGAUAUACCUGACCACUGCCGAUUACUUCAUCAGGCAAGGUAAUGGUAAAGAGCAGGCAACUGAGAAUGAGAGAUUCUCUGAGAAGUGCACACUGGAAGAAGAUGAUGAUUUCUUCAAUGAACCUGGGGCAAUGGAAGCGCUCAUAAAGCUUGAAAAAGCUGCACUACUGAAACUCACAAUGCCUUCACUCGAUUUGGGCAUUGUGUUUACCAUGACUCAACCUGAAACAAAUGCCGUUCAAAAGAAUCAGAAGCAAACUGAUGAUCAGACAACUGGUGAACAGAUCAGAGAGAUUGCAAGAACAGUAGAAGGUGAAAACAAUGAAGACGAUGUCACUGCACGAGUAAAUGAAGCAGGGAAAAUCAAUACUCCCGGAGUGAAUCAAAAUGAUGCUAAUGAAGAAAUAGAGCUUGGGGUGGCUGGAGAUGACAAGACUGCUGCUGAUGGUGAAGCAAAGAAAGAAGUUGAUAAUGAAGAAGUGAAUAUAGAGCUUAGGGUGGCUGGAGAUGACAAGACUCCUGCUGAUGGUGAAGCAAAGAAAGAAGUUGAUAAUAAUCAAGGGAAUUAUGAGGUGAAGGCAUAUAGAAGAAAGAAGCUUAGAAAUGUGAAUUACAGGUCACCACUACUGAAGAACAAUAGAAGAUUGUGCAAGGAGAUGAGCAGGGAAGAAAAGAUUGUUCUUGACUAUGGAUUUUCAAAAGUUGUUGAGAAAGAGUGUCUCUAUCAAGAUGAGGGAGGUUUGUUUAUCACUCAUGAGGAGUUCCAGACACUUGAAGAACAAACUGUAGAAAACUCCAUCAUUUAUGCAUGGGCAAAAAUUGUGAAUGACAGAGAAAAAUCAAACAAUACUACAAAGCGCGCCUUCAUAGCAUCACCCCUAGUAUAUGCACAGUUUGAUGUUACAUCUGGUGACCCAAUGGAAAACAUGGUUGAGAGACUAGAAAAAGAAGUCAAUGAAGCAGGAGCAGAUGUUAAGCAAUUUGAUAUGAUAAUGUUUCCAAUCCACAAGGAUCUGCACUAUUAUAUCUACUGCUUUUACACAAAAAGCAACAUUGUUGAUGUGAUUGACAACCACCAGCUUCCAGAUGGGGUGGACUUUGGGGAUAAAUAUGGUGAAAGUUUUACGAAAAUGGGUGAAGGAUUCAAAAUCUUCUGCAAGAAAGUGAAACUUUCAGGCGCAAAGGCCACAAAUUGGAUUCCCAGAAUUUUGUGUAUGCCAUGGAGACAUAAUGGCAAUAAAGUUGACAGCGGAAUAUUUGCUAUGCGCCAUUUGGAGACAUUUCGUGGCGAAGGACACAAAUGGAAUUCUGGAUUUGCACCUCCUACAAAUGAGGGAAUCAAAGCUCAAAGUGAAACCCUGCAGAAGAUGAGAUUAAUGUAUGGAGCACAAAUAUUACUGUCCAAAUUUAACAUUGAAAGGGAAAAAGUUGUGAAAAAAGCAAACGACUACAUUAAGAUGUAACUUUCUUCCUCCAUAUUUUAAUGUUUGCUACACUUUUCUUUUUGGAAUGUACCGAGUAUUUAAAAGUUUGUUACA